CUUGACUAACUCAUUUCCUGGAGUACAACAUGAAAAAGCAGAUGUGGCUCAUGGAGGAAAGCUGCUGCUCACACGCCCGUUCAGUGGGUUUCCUUUAUUGAGCUUCAGCGCACAGCGACUGCAUCACUUCACUGCAUGUGCCACUCAAUGGAAAAUGGGUUACAUCGAGGUCUUUGGUGUCAUGCAUCUUGCUGCUCUCUGUUCUGCUCUGGCUUAUGAGGAUGUCACUUCCAUGUUGAUGGACAAUGUGCCAACCAGUGCACCGCCAACUGAAAACCAGACGAUCUAUGUCACCUCCAUGUCCAGAAACAUUUUCCCAACGAGUGAAGCAUCAACUGAGACGCCAACGAGUGAAGCAUCAACUGAGACGCAGACUGUCUAUGAGCCUCCAGUCCCAUCACUGCAACUGCAGUCCCCCUGGUGGGACGUGUUCCCCUUUGAGAAAGCAGACUUUGGAUGUAGUGUCAACAGCAGCUCUGACUGGAUCUUCAUUUGGUACAGAAAUGGCCAGCGCUUGUAUGACGUAGACCAAAAUGUCUCGUCCAAUCUGUCCAACCAAGCGGCACUCACGAUCACCGCAGAAUCUCAGGCGCAAUCUGGAAAGUACUCUUGUAAAGCUCAUCACGAGGUGAAGGGCGAGUCCAUCCACAGUAACCUAAUUGAACUGAAAGUUUAUGCAAACAAGCCCAAACCAAUGUUGGUGCUUAACUCGAAGUGGCAGAAAAUGUUCCCUGGAGAAUCUGUCACCUUCCAGUGCGUAAUGAACAUUUCCUUUGGAUGGCACUAUCUGUGGUACCAAAAUGACAAGCAAAUCCAUGGAUCUCUUGAAAACAGUUUUAGAAUAAUUUCUUUAACAGUGUCCGACAGUGGUCGAUACUACUGCAAAGCCAAGAGAGGACAAAAUCCUUUCUACACAGAGCAGAGUGAAACAUCAAUGCUGGAGGUCUCUGAACCACCCACGCCAACCAUGAAGCUGCGGACUUCUUGGUCAGACGUCUUUCAAAUGGAAAGCGUGGAGCUCAUUUGUGACGUGGGCAGACCUAACUGGACAAUCACUUGGCACAGAAACGGAAUGGCGCUCCAAGAGGACCCGGCACUGGUUCUGAGCUUCGGGGGAUCUCUUCUUAACAUCACCUCUGCUUCUCGAGCCCACGGGGGAAGAUAUGCCUGCAAAGCACACCUCGAGUCCAGGGGAGUCAGCUCUGAUUUCAGCAAGACCACAAGUGUUACAGUCUACGAAAAUAUCCCGAAACCAUCACUCAGCAAGGAUCCUGUUUUGACCUCGAUGUAUGUUGGAGAAAACGUCACAUUCACCUGCAAAGUUCAUGUGGGGUCUGGUUGGGUUUACCACUGGUUCAAAGACGAAAAGAAGCUUGUGGCUACAGACAAAACCCUUCGAAUCAAACUCGGCCCUCAUGAUGAGGGGAUCUAUUGGUGCAAGGCCACCAGGGGUCAAAGAACAGCGACGGACAUCAGCGAGAGGGUGACUCAAGAGGUUCUCGAAAUUCCUCUGCCAUCUUUGAUGAGAAGCAGUCAGUGGGCUGAUGUGUUCCCCACCGAGAGUGUGACACUGAGCUGCACGAUGGUCAACAGUUCUGGCUGGACGUAUACGUGGCACCGAGACAAUCGGGUGAUCCCCAGUGAUGACGCGGUGUCUUUUGGGCCGGAUGGAGCUACCCUGUCCAUCCGCUCUGCCUCGACUUCUCACGAAGGGCAGUACUGCUGCUGGGGGAAGCUCAAAGACAGGGCUGUCAGCAGCAACUGCACAUCUGGAAUGACCCUCAGGGUUUAUGACAACAAACCAAUCGCCAAACUGGGGCAGGACCCCGAGGACGUGGUUAUGCACACCGGAGAUUCCGUCUCGUAUAGCUGUCACAUCAACCAGUCCUCUGGAUGGGAGUAUGUGUGGUACCAAAAUGACAUUCGGCUCUCAGUAUCUGGAAACAAUUACACAAUACGUUCUGUGGACAAAACAAACACUGGAUCAUAUAAAUGUGAAGCAGUCAGAGGGAGAACUACUAGAAUCUUCAAAACGGAACAAAGUCAAGCUUUAAGGCUCCAAGUUGAAGAACGGCCAUCAGCAAAUAUAAUGGUCUUAACCGGAUGGUCUGAGGUCUUUUCCACUGACAGUCUUGUGCUUAUGUGUGAGGUGAAAGGUAGCGAGGAAAUGUGGACCUUCAAAUGGUUCAUGGAAGGCCAGUGGAUCAUGAACUCAACAUCUGACAAAUACACGGUAACACCCCAGAAUGACCCUGUGCAGAGCCAGUACAUUUGCCAAGGUAUUCAGAGCGGGCGACCUUCUUACUCCCAACGCAGUGAUGCUCUCGCAACGAAGAACUUAUUGUUAAAGAGGCGGGUGCUUCUUUCCAUCUCCGGCUGUAUCCUCUUUGGUAUCGUUGCUGUUUUCUUCGGCUGCGUUGUUCUCAGAGUCACCAGAAGAAAAGCAGACCACUUUGAAGGGCCAGAGGAGGCCGAGCUCUUCCUCACCAUGGCUCAACUCAAAGACCGUGAUGACGCUCCUUGUCCACUGGUUGAUUACAUCACGGAUGAGAAACUAAACGAUCUAGCAAAAGAAGAAGCGGACAUUAUUUGUAGUGAAGAAACGCCACUGUCGGUAACCUCUCAGGAUGACCAAGUUGUGACAACGGAGAGCUGUGAAAAACCUCCGGCGCAGGAAGGUGCUCUGGUUUCCUUUCAACACUGAUCUGCCGACGAUGUCUGUGUUGAAGUAUUUGAAAGCUGCGUUCAACAGCCAAAGAAAAGUUGAUGAAAAUAACAACAUACCGUAUGAGACUGGCUGGCGGUGCAAAUGAAAAGUCAGAUCUCCACUGAUGCACAUUGCACAUAUUAUUGGUUGCUUCAAAGUGUAGGAUUCUAUUUUUGUUGAGCUCAUUUACGUACCGUUAAAAUAUUUUGGAACAUUUACUUUGUCAGCUGCCCGCGUGACCCGUGAGGAUAAGCGGAGUCAUGGAUGGAUGGAUACUUUGUCAGCUUCCUUACCCUCACUGCAUGACAGAAGCCCAUCGCUGUUAAUUUAUGCACGACUCAUCCAGCAAACACCAGAUUAGACAAUUUUGAUAAAUCUUAAAGACAAGAGCUGUACCUUUAAUGUAAAUGUGACAGCAAAACUUGUUCUCUGUCUGUUAUGGCCUGUUGGAUAAUAUGUGAUGAAUAGAACGACAA